AGAGGCGAUGGGCGGGACUCGGAAAUGACGCAUGGCGGCGCUGUUGUUGUGGUAACGGAGAAGCGAAAAGAGAUGCCGAGCCGACUAUGCCGGGAGGAGGAGGAGGCCGGAGGGAAAUCGCCCCGCAUCCUCUGGACUGGAACGUCUCGCAGAGUGCCCGUCAUCGUCUUCCACCCCGAGGCCAUCCUCACCAAAGAGCCAUCAUGGCGCACUGUGGGAGAGCGUUACCACCUGGCCUUCAAGAUGGUGCGUACAGACAGCCGACUGGUGCGCAACAUUCUCUCUUCUCAUGGCUUUCAGGAGGCCAAUGCCAAUAGUAACGACUUUAACCUCAUGUGGACAGGAUCACACAUAAAGCCACAUCUCCUGCGAAAUCUGACGAGCUUCCAGAGAGUCAACCACUUUCCCAGGUCCUACGAGCUGACCCGCAAGGAUCGAUUGUAUAAGAACGUACAGCGUAUGCAGCAAACGCAUGGUGUAUGCAACUUCAGCCUGCUGCCCCAGACUUAUCUGCUCCCCGGAGAAUACCAGGAUUUUUGCAAUGCUUAUUCUAAGGACCGCGGCCCUUGGAUUGUAAAGCCAGUGGCAUCAUCCAGAGGACGGGGAGUCUAUCUGGUGAACUCUCCCUCACAGAUAAGCCUGGAAGACAAUAUUCUGGUGUCUCGUUACGUCAGUAACCCUCUACUCAUUGAUGGGUUUAAGUUUGAUGUCCGCCUCUAUGUGCUGAUCACCUCGUACGAUCCUCUAGUCAUUUACCUGUAUGAAGAAGGGCUUACUAGGUUUGCCACAGUUCGCUAUGACCGAACAGCCAAAAACAUCAAAAACCAGUUCAUGCACCUUACCAACUACAGUGUAAAUAAGAAGAGCGGUGACUAUGUCAGCUGUGAUGACCCAGAAGUGGAGGAUUAUGGGAAUAAAUGGAGUAUGAGCGCCAUGCUUCGAUACCUAAAACAGGAAGGGAAGGACACUGCAGGCCUCAUGUCUCAGGUGGAGGAUUUGAUCAUUAAAACAAUUAUCUCCGGGGAACUUCCGAUUGCUUCUGCUUGUAAAUCCCUCCUUGCCAACAGAGGAAACUGCUUUGAGCUCUAUGGCUUUGAUGUUCUGAUUGACAGCAAUAUGAAGCCCUGGCUUUUGGAAGUCAAUCUAUCUCCAUCACUGGCCUGUGAUGCUCCUCUGGAUUUGAAAGUGAAGGCUUCCAUGAUCUCAGACAUGCUGACGCUGGUUGGACUGGAGUGUCAGGACCCCCUGCAGAGGCCGGUCCGUGGAGGAGUCAUGCUGCAUGACAAGCGUGUUCCUAUUCCUAAAGCAAAGAGACAGCGCCCCCUAUCUGCCAGUGACAUUGAAACGGGCCUGCAGGCUGGGAGCAGAGACAAGAGCGGAAAUCGCACAAGCAGCACCCUGGGGCUUUCUACUGAAGAGGUAAAAAUAUUGCACAGAGUCCAGGAAGAAGAAUCGAGGAGGGGGAGUUAUGUUCGUAUUUUCCCCAGACAUGACACAUGGUCACUUUAUGGCUCAUUCCUGGAACAUAAGACAUCUAUGAACUACAUGCUGGCCAAUCAUCUUUUCCCAGACAGGAUGGUCAUUAAUCACAAGUGUGACACCAGACCCAAGCUGCAUGCUGCCUUGUAUGAGCGCAAAUUGCUGUCACUACAGAUGCGUAAGGCCAGGAAACAUGGUUUGGUUCGCCGGGCCGGGCUGUCUCACCCCCCAGAGGGCUUCACAACUGAGCAGGAAGAGGAGGAUGAAGCUGAGGAGGAAGAGGUGGAUGAGAUAACGGAUCCUCCAUCCCCGGAACCGCAGACAGUGCCUCCUCCCCCUUCCCCUCCCCCACCACCUCCUCUGGUCAGCAUCCUGGGGAUCCUACAGAGAGGGGAAAACCUGAGCAAGGUUCAGGCUCGUUGGGCUUUCUGCACUUACCUGCAGCGGGUGCAGAGCCGCCUCCAGAGGCAGCAGGACUCAGAAAAGCCACUCCUCAAAGAGGAGGAGCAGAUGGAGCUAGUGUUGAGGUUUCUGCAGCGCGCAGCCAGUAACUUGCAGAGAUCUGUCAGUGUGACGCUCCCCGGCCGUUCUGUACCGAUCCAGGAGAGACGUCAACUGCUGGCCAAUCAGCUGGGUGACUUCAUUACCCUGUACGACGAGGAGACACGAGAGAUGAGCACCCCAGACUCCUCAGACGGUGCAGGGAAAGGUGUGGACCCUGAGGAUUUUCAGGCUUUCAUAUCUGAAGCUAGUGAGUGUGACCUAGAGGAGGUUCUCACCUUUUAUACCCACAAGAACAAAUCGGCCAGUGUCUUCCUGGGCGGGUCAUCCAGUGUGCUAAAAGGGGGGAAGCAGUCGGCUGAUUGUCCCCUUCAGCUGAUUGUCCCUUUUGCUAAUUAUCUCAUUCACAUAUUGUCUGUUCUGCCGAUUGUCCCAUCCACUCAUAGUCCAUCCAUUACUUGUCCAGUCUUCUCUUCUAACAUGUCUUCCUUUGCAGGCACUCUAGACGGUGUGAUGGACAAAAGACCAGAAAGUGGAAGUCUGAACCUCCAGCAGCAGGCAGGCAGUCCGUCUAGGAAUGACCCAGCAAAAUCCAGACUCUCUGAGACAGCUGACAUCUCUGCUGCCAGUCUCUCUGUGACCAGUGUCUUAUCAGAUGGUAGUGCCACAUCAUUGGUCAGGUCCCCAUCACAUCAGCAUCGGUCUUGUCCUCCCUCCUCAGGAAUCAGAUUAAACACUUCCUCCAACUCGGCUCACUCUACUAGUACUGGCAUUGGGGUCCAACCUGUACCCCGUUCCCAAAACUGUACCCUGGGAGCCUUCUCCUCCUUCCAGAGUGCUGCCCAAAUCUACAGCCAGAGACUGAUCCGGCCAAGCUCAUCCCGACCAGCCGGUGCCCAGACAAGUGCUCAACGGAUACGCUGCAACUCUGCAGGAUCGUUGAAAGGGCUGGAAGACCCCUAUAAUGUGGGAGCAGUGACAGCAUCAUUGCAGCGGCUGGCAGAGAAACAAGCAUGCCGAAACAACCUCACUCAGCUAAGAUACUUUACCCAGCAGCUCACCAACCUGAACAUUGCCAGCAGAGCCGUCGUCGGAGGUGGGAUUCGUCUAGGAUCGGCACUUCGUUCCCUCUCGGGCACAGGAAACCACACAGCUGCUGAACACUCCAACCAUGGAGCCAGGGAUGGGACUCAAAGGGUGCAAUUGGCAUGGGACGCAGAGGUGGAGACCAACACCUGCCCUCACCUACCUGGCACUAACCAUCGGCCUCCAUCAGGGCGGAGUCAGAGUGGGGAAAAGUCACCAGGUCAGCACAGCGGCCACCUACAGCCAGCUCCUCCGUCCAGUCACAAGACGUAUGUGGCGCGGAAGUUGUCAGCCUCUCGCAUUGUCCGAGUAUCCGUGUCAGAGGGACAGAACAUGGCGGGACCUGUGCUCAGCGCAGAAACACGAACACAAGGUAAGGGAUCCAUCUCUUUGUCCGAUCCUGAUUAUUCCACAACUGGCAACCUAACUGGCUUGUCUCUUCCAGGAGCCUCAGAACCACCACAGGUUAUAUUUGCCCGAUCCAAACCACCAGUAGCCCCCGCCAGGACAUCAGGCAGAGCCCAGCGGAGGAGAGAUCCAGCGGUGUGCCCGACGUGAGGCUGAGGAGUCGUUGCUGGGUGUAGGGCACUGUGUUCAGGGACUUGCCUCUCAGACCUUCCAAACAAGACUAGUCAGCUGCUACAUAGUCUGUUCAUACCACUGUGAUUGCUUCAUUAAAUUGUAAAUAUUAAUUUUAUAUCUUGUACAGAGGAAAUAAAUGAUUUUAUAUUUUA